AUGCGGAGUGUGAUGAUUGAACGAGCCGAAACAACGAAUGAGAAAUUAAUUUCUAUCUUUGAUGAUGUUGGUUCUAGAUUUCCAGACGUCUCAGAGGAUUAUGUAUUCAGUUCAGUUUCAAGUACACUUUGUCGGAAAAGGAGUUCAAGUCGACCCAAAAUACCAAAUAACAUGUCGGAGUUGAAUACUGCGUUAAACAACACAAUUUGCUUGAAAGCAGCGGUUAAAUCUUCAAAUCAAAAAACUGCAAUUAUUUUUUCAACUGAUGACUUGUUAUUUGGUGUUAGUGAAAGUGACCAAUGGUUCGUGGACGGCACAUUUUCGUAUAUAGCUGGUCUUAUAAUUUUGAUGGAAAAUCGCGAUACAGCGAUGUAUGAUGCUGUUUUUUCAUGGCUCAUUACAAAAUUUCCAAAUUUAAAAACUAAACCUAUUGAAAUAAUAACCGACUUUGAAAAAGCGACAUUAAAAUCUUUGAGAAAUAAUUUUACCGGAGCAAAAAUGUACGGAUGUUAUUUUCAUUUUGUUCAUGCUCUAAUAAGACGUUGGAUACAAUCAAGUUUAAAAACCCCGGACUACAUUUUAUCUUUAAUGAUGAAUGUACCUUUAUUGCCUCCAGAAUUGUUUCCUGAAGCCGGAAAAGUCAUUAAUGAUGAAAUUAACAAAAUAAAACAUUUAGAUCAAAACAUUUUGAUCUAUUUCGAUUAUUUUAAAGAUACUUGGCUGUCAAAACCUAAUCAAAGUAUUAUUGAUCCGAAUUUUCGGAGUACUGGUAUAAAAGAAAUACUCAGAGUCGAUGUAACGAAAUUGACACCUGAAGCUCCUCUAGUACAAUUUAGGAACACAUUUUUAGAAUGGUGUAAUGAAAAAGUAAAUGAAAUCAAUGAACAAUGGUUUGAAGUGGCUGAACGUUCACGACAAUUGAUUACUGAAUGCCACGGAUUAAUGAGUUUUCUAGCGGAGGUCAUAUUAGAAGAGAGAAAUUUGGCUGAAGAUAUGGGAUUAUUAUUAUGCAAUCAUAUAUUAAAUGUUUUGCAAUCACCAGCUCUAAAUACCAUCACAUUUGUCUGUAUAUCACUGAAAGUAAGUACUUUGUUAUAA